GUGUCACUAGUCUAAGUAGGGGAAUCAUAUAACAUACCAGCACAAUCUAUGACGGAAUAGGAAGUAGUUGGUGUGAAACGACAGACGGGACCAAAAUGGCGACGCGAUUGCUUUGGGCUAUUGGGUUAAUCACACUGUUGCCUUUCGUGGCGUCACAGAGACACGACGCAAGACGCGGGGCCCUGUCGUAUGUGGUGCAUAAGGGAUGCCUGUACAUGGCUCAUUACGUUCGUGACAACUACCCAGUGCUGGAGGCGACUCACGACACCAGUGUUGGCGGGCGGACCAACUGGGUGGACUGGGCUCGGGAUGUAGCCGGGGCGUCCUACCUACCUGACGAGCUGCUGCAAGGCCUCAUCGAGUGCGGCCGGGGCUACACGUUCUUCGCCCUGACAGCCUCUCAGGCCCUGAUAGCGGAGCAUAACAUGUCGCUUCCGCUUAUACCAGGAAAAUAAACGCACGAGAAGAA